ACACGUCUACGCCCAGCUGCAGCAGCAGCAGCUCCGGGAGCAGCAGCUCCAGCAGCUCCAGCAUGGACGGGGCGGACGUCUCCUUCACUCUAGCCUACGUGGUGUUCUCGCUGUGCUUCGUGUUCACUCCCACGGAGUUCCGCGCCGCGGGGAUCACGGUGCAGCGCGUCUUCUCGGGCUGGCUGGGCAGUGAGCACGCGGCCUUCGUGCAGUACCACGUGAAGAGGACCAGCGUCACGGUGCUCGUGCACGCCGCGCUGCCGCUAGGAUACUACCUGGGAAUGUGCAUCGCUACUCCAGAGAAGAACCUGGCUUAUGUUCACCAGGUGCAGGACGGCUGGAGAACGUUCCUCCUGUUCUCCGUCGGCCUCCAGGCGGCCAGCCUGAUCCUGGUGGGUUACUGGUUCUGCUGGCGUUGGCACAACCAUCCCAUCAGCCGGGCCCUGCAGGCCCACGUCCGCCCCCCUCAGUCCAGCUGGGGGGCCGUGGCCUCCGGGGUCAACGCCGAGUUCAGACGCAUCGACAAGUUUGUGAGCGGAGUCCCCGGAGCCAACGUCAUCGUCACCGACAGCUGGGUGUUGAAGGUGAGCACCUACCACAUCCACCUGGCCCUGCAGAGCGAGGUUCACGUGACGGUGACGGGGUCCAGACAGCACCAGCUCAGCCCCGACUCCAGCUCCCCCGUGGAGAUCCUGACCCUGAGGGUGGACAGCAUCAACCCUGCCGUCUCACCGUUCCACAUCAGGGUGAACUCUACAGAUUUUGCAGAGUUGAGGGAGAAGCUCCAUGCACCCAUCAGAAUCUCUCCCAAUGUGGUCAUCCACCAGACCAUGGCUGACCUCUUCCUGGACACGUUCAGGGCCCAGGUGGAGCUGAACCCUCCGUACACCCCCACCAGUGGACAGGAGGUGGAGCCCUGCAUCGGCUGUAUGCAAGCUCCAGCAGGCGUCAAGCUGGUCCAGCUCUGCCAGGCCUCAGGUCAGGACACUGAGUGCCAGCAGUGCUUCUGCCGGCCCAUGUGGUGUCUGAACUGUCUGGGCCGAUGGUUCGCCAGCCGCCAGGACCAGGAGAUCCCCGAGACCUGGCUGUCCAGCCGAGUGCCCUGCCCCACCUGCAGAGCCCGGUUCUGCAUCCUGGACAUCUGCGCGCUCCGCUGACGGGAACACAUCCGGCACUCUUUCAUGGAUUGGACCUGAUUAGGGAUCUGAGUUAAGUUCAGAUUCAGGCCGAAAAUCUAUCUGGAACCUCAUCCAAAACCUUUUCCUGUAUCGGGAUUUGACCCUGGAUCAGUUGUGGACCUGAAUCUGAACCUGGUUCGGAACCUGUUUUAAGUCUGAUUCUAGUUCUGGACCUGUUCCUGAACCAGUUCUAUACCUGGACCAAUUCUGAUUCUGGAUCCAGGAAAUGAAGAUGGUUGUAGUCACGGUUCUGGACUGAUUCUGCACCUUUGGACCUGAUCUAGACCUUGAGCUAGUUCCUUCACCUGGUUCACACUUGGCUCCGGACAAGGAUAUCAACUUCUUGUGAAUGUAGUUCUGGACCUGUUGAGGACCUGUUUCUAAACAGUUCUGUCCUGUGAGCAAAAAAUAUUUGUAAACCUUCUGGUUUGGGAUCAGGUCUGGACUUUUUUAUUAUUUUUAUUUUUUAUUAUUGUUCAAAGCAAAGCAGCAAAAACACAACGAAAAAAAUUUGAACUAUGCUGAAAAUGACGGUGCGGCAAGGCCACCGCUCUUAAUGGGUGGGCAGAGGAGACUAUAUACCUGAGCCUUGGUUGUUUUUUCACCAAAUAAAAGAAAUGAUAGAACUA